AAUUUUGGAGAUAUAAUUACAUAAAGACACUGUAAUGUACAAUUAUAUAAUGUAUUGUGAUGUGUAUUUCAGAUUGCGCGAAUGGUACACCACAGUUGGCCAUUCAGAAAAUGCUAAAUCAUUAUCUAGAGCAGGUGGAAGUGGUGACUUAAACGUGCCGUUAUAUACUCUCCAAGAGGCAACCGAAGCUCGAUUGGGGGAGAAAAUGAAUAUCUCGGAUGCAUUUAUGAUGAUGGCGACCAAUAAAAUGAUUCGCGUGGAGAAUGCUAUCUACGAGGCAUGUCCCAUAGAAAGUUGUAAGAAAAAAUUAAUUGAUCAAUCUACUGGAGUAUUUAGAUGUGAGAAGUGUAACAAGGAGUAUCCAAAUUUCUCAUAUCGAUUGCUGGCAAGUGUAUGUAUAUUGUUCUUGCGCUGUUCCUUAUUUAUUAUUUGCAAGUACAUUCUGAUAUAUCUGUUCGACUUAUUGUCGUAACGAUUCUCAGGUGAAUAUAGUGGAUGCGACAGGCAAUCGCUGGGUAAAUGCCUUCGGUGAAGAAGCUGAGAAGAUAUUAGGCAUAUCGGCGCAACACUUGGGGGAAUUGAAAGAGAGCGAUAACGAUGCCUAUUUGCAUAAAUUCGGCGAGGCAACUUUCAAAAGAUUUACUUUCAACUUGAGGGCGAAAUCAGAAGUUUUCCAGGUAACCGAUACAGUGCGCAUUUCAUCAUACUAAUAAGAUUCCUCCUCCUUCCACCUUUCUAAUUUUCACAGUAAUCUUAUUUUUUUUACCAUUAUAUAAAUCAUGUUCUAAGAUAGUGUAUAUUUUGUAACAAUUUCUACGUUUUGCAGGAUGAAAUGAGAAUACAAUACGUCUGUGUAUCAGUUACGCCGUUAAAUUACAAGACUUACCUCGCACAUCUGAUAGACAAAGUCUCCAAGUUGUUGCACAUCGAAAAAUUUGAAUCCAACUACAUAAGAUUUUAUACGUUUCGUUAAAAAAAAGUUUAAGAUGGU